AUGUAUACAAAUAUCGACCCGGCAAACGACGUCUGCUAAACCAAAUGCUGUAGGCCCCAGAUUUUGGUGUACAUCCGUAAACUGUUGGCGUGAAUAAAUUUUAUUUUUGUCGCCAUGAUGAAAAGUGCCCGGAUGCCAGUGCACGAGCUGAAUCCGUAUCUGACGUGCAUGCUGUGUGGGGGAUACCUGAUUGAUGCCACCACGAUAAUUGAGUGUCUUCACUCGUUUUGCCGGACGUGCAUUGUACAUUAUCUACAUACCAGCAACUACUGUCCUGUUUGCGAAUGUUUGGUUCACAAAAAGUACCCACAUCAAAACCUAAGGCCAGACAAAACUCUUCAGGACGUGGUUUAUAAAGUCGUCCCUGGUCUAUUUAUGGAAGAGAUGAGAAGACGUAGAAAAUAUUACAGCGACCAAACAGAUGAAUUACAGAACAGGCCGGGGCGGAUUAUUUUCUCACCAGAUGAGAAGAUAAGUUUAUGUAUGAGGUUAUGCACCAUGAAAUUAGAUGAAAGAAGUUCAGAAGAUUAUGAGUUUCAGGACAAGAGGUACCUGCUGUGUCCCGCCAGGAUGAGCGUUUACCACCUGAAGAAGUUUCUGCGACUAAAAUACUCCCUGUCAGAUAGGUUAGAGGUUGAGAUGUUUCACAUGGACGAGGUGCUGAAAGAUGAGUACAGUUUAGUAGACGUUAGCUAUAUCACUGGAUGGAAAAGGGAAAAGGUGAUGGUGCUAAAUUAUGCAUUCUACGAGAACACAAAUAAGAAAUUUAAGAGGAGUAUAUCUACGGGUGCUGUAUCGCCUGGUAACGAUGACUCGGGGAUCGAAGACGAGACUUCAAAUCAAGACGAAAAUAACCCGGAUCAGACCCACGUGACCUCGCAAAGUUUUCAAGCUUCCAUGGCGAAUGACAAUCAGCAACUUUCCCAAGGUGACGAAAAACCGUCCGACUCGUCACAGGCGGCAGACUCUGUACAGUUGGCGGAAAGCACUGCCGACGUGGUUGAAAACACUGCCAGCGUAGUUGUAAACACUGCUGAAGUGGUUGAAAACACUUCCAACAUGGUUGAAAACACUUCCGAUGUGGUUGAAAACACUUCCGAUGAUGUUGAAAACAAUGAUGCAGUUGAAAGCAAGACCAAUGCAGUUGAAAACACUGCCGACCUGGUUGAAAACACGACUGACAUGGUUGAAAACACGACUGACAUGGUUGAAAACACUGUCGACAUCGUGGUGUGCAAUGCCGAAAAAGAUGUCACUAUUGAUGUUAAUCCAGAUAAAGAACAAGUGGAAGAGAAAAUAGAAGCAGAUGAAGAUGUUGGAAAGCCAAAGAAUGAAACAGAGAAUGAGGAGAAAAAUUAUGUACAAGAGAAGAUCCAAAAGAAAGAGGACGUUGUUGUGUCGUUAGAAAUCAAUGAAAGGGAUUCUGACAGUCAAAGAGAAUCAGUUGUUCCUGAAUUAGACAAUCCGUCUGAAACUAAAGAAAAAGAAGAAUCGAAUUUCGUUCGAGAAUGUCCAAGCCCUGAGAACAAUAGCAUUACUAUUGAAGAUGAAGAGGGGGCAUUACAAAUUGUUAUCGAGGACUCAAAAUCCGAGAAAAGUUCCGAUGAUUCUGGAAUACAGAUAUAUGAGAGUAGCCCAAACGAAAAUGACAGUGUUUGUUCCAAUGAUAGUCGGCCAUCGUCAGCGACAAUCAAAAUUCCUCAGCCAGACAUGUUCAGACUUUUGCCGCCCAUCUCAUAUCGUAACAGUACUCAUCGUUCAAAGUCCCCCAAAACAUCUACUCCAUUCCAUUCCUUAAAUAGUUCUAGAUAUCCCAGAUAUCCCGACUCCAUAGGUUUUAGUGAUUCCAGCUUUCUAUCAUACAGUCCUUUUAAUAAUUCCAUUGCACACACAUCUUCUUGUCCCCAAACGGACUUCGACACGGAUGAAAUAUGGACAGAUGGAGUAAUGGAUCUGUCCAAACCGAAACCCAAAACAACAGAGACUGGGUGCUACCAGGAGAUUAAGUCUUCUGUUGUUCAGAAUGUAGAGGAAGAGGAAGUUGUGGAGAAAUACACAUACGUUGUGGAUGGUUUGGAAGAGAGCGAGGAGAGCAUGGAAGUAGACUCGGGUUAUGCAAAUGAAAACAAUACCCCAGAAAGAUACUCACUAUUGUCUCCCGACCAGAAUGAGGUCACUUCCACUCGAGUGGAGCAUGUACCCUUCCGCAGUCCAGUCAUGAUAGAAAAUCCCCCACUUUGUAUGCCAAAACUAUCGGUGGUUUCAAGUUCGAUAUGGAAAAGGGAGAAAGUCAGCGAUGUAUCGAAGAAAUCUUCGAGUGGAAAACACCAUAAAAGGAGAAAGUCUUCCGACAGUUCCAAGCAUAAAGGAGUUUUUUCAAAUGGACAUUCAAAAUGCACCGAUAUAUGUAAUGGACAUACGGUAGUACCUCGUCCUGAAAGUUCGUCUUAUAAAAAGCAUCAGGGCGAGAAGUUGAUUCUGAAUCAGCCUCGUUGUGAAAAACUGAUCAUUAGUCAGUCUCGUUGUGAAAAGGCGCCAAAGAAUAAGCCUCGUUGUGAAAAAUUGGUUGUCAAGCUCAGUAAGGAAAGAAACUCUGAACACUAUACCGCAACGAUGUCAUAACUUUACGAACCAAUGCGUGUGCUGUUAUAAAUAUUCCACUGCCAUAAAAACACCAAGGCUCUUGGUGGUAUUCAGUGUUGUUGUUCAUUCAUCUUAUACCGUGUUAAUACUCUGUGCUUUGGGCAAAUUAUCAAGAAUAUUAAGAAGAAAAUCGCAUUACAACAUGGUAGCCAUAUAACUCAUAGGGAUAUUGCUCUUCGGAAAAAAGUUUCUGUGGAAAGGAAAAUUAGCGUGAAAUGGUGUUGUUAUUCCCCUAUCAGACCUCACAUUAUUAAAGUUCACUUGGACAUGAAGUGUUGUGAAAUACAUACUGGUACAUGUAUGUAUAUGUAUAGUGAUGUGAAGCUUUUCUAUUGAGUAAUAGAGCUUAGCAUCAUCUUUAAAAUACCGGCUUCAUAUUGGAGAUACCGUCAUCCAUAAUUUGGUGCUGCAUAAAUAGAAGUAUAAUCAAAUUUAUUUAUAUUUACGCACCUGUUUGAUAAAUGUCGAUUUAUGUUCUUGAAUCAGUCCUACAUAUAUCUGUAUUUUUGGAACCAUUUUUAUUUUCCUUCAAUGACUUGAACAUAUUUAUCAUGUUAUAAAUAUAUAAAGUAAUUUGACAAAAAAUUCGUCAUCUUAAUCACAUGGUACAUCCUUUUGUAAAGCUUCAUUAAUAUAUCAUCAAUCAGUUGUAGAUACAGCUAAAAUUCUAUCAUACGUAUUUUACUCCAAUGCGAUAAUUUCUGACAAACGUUUGUUCAUCAUUCUCUGUCUUUUAUUCUGUGCACUUUUUAGACCGUUUGAUACACAUCUUCUGUAUACAUGUACAAAGCUAUACAUCUUACACUGAUCGUUUUUUAAAGAAUUUAAAAUGCUUAAAAGAAAGCAUUAAAAUAUCCAAAAUCCACCACAAUCCCGUCAGCAGUAGCAUUGAUAUUCCUGUAACGUGCCCCUGUUAAUGAUGAAGAAAUGUGUCCGAUUAAAAUGAAUGUUAUCGAAUUAAUUUUUUAUUAAGGGUUUACACUUUUAUGUCAAUUAAAUGUAUUUACUGUAUUUCCCACCACUGAUGGAUAGCGUUUGAUGCCAGUGUCCUCUGACAUGUAUAAUAAGUCUGAAUUACUCCAAGUAGUCAUGAGAUGUAUAGAAAUAGACAUUUGGAGGCUACAAAAGUAACUGUGAAUAAUUUGUCCUUCCAUAUAUCUUUAUAAAACUGACACACUUCGGAAUUACACACUGAGAUUACGGCUGAACAAGUCAGAGACAUAUUCUAAUAUUAUUUGGACUCCUCGUGGAUAUUUUUUUUUUUGCAAUGUGUAAAAUCACCACUUGUAUAGCCCCCUCCCUUUCUCUCUCCUGUUUUUCAAUUGAAAUCGUGUAUACAUAUUAGAACAGUAAAGAUACGAGAUUUAGCAUUAGUUGUUAUAGUAAGAUAACUAUUGACAAAGUUAUUUAGUGUUUCAUUUUCUGUUGUUGGUGUUCAAUAUAAAUGUUUAUAUCACAUAUAGUUUUUUCCCUUAGAAAACUUUGUUAAAAUUACAGAUUUUGAAUAAAACCUUUUCUUGUUUUGA